AUGAAAAGCACCCUUCCACGCUUAUUCUGCAUAUCUGAUACGAACAUGGUCACCGCCGAGGAGCUCGAGUGCUGCGUGUGCUGCUACGAGUAUUCACGCAGCAACAGGAUCCCGCGGGUCCUCCACUGCAACCACACCUUCUGCGCCCCUUGUCUGGAGAGAAUGUCCAAGCUGGACGGUGUCCUCUACAAAGUCUCCUGCCCUCUCUGCCGUUGGAUUACCUGCACCAGAGCCAGCCUGACUUUGCCAGGGGCUCUGUGGGUCAACACGGAAAUCUGGGACCAGAUUUCCACGGAGCAAAAGCAGAAUGAGAACCAUUCAAUGGAGGAUUUGAAAGACCCAAAGUCGCUACUCAUCGAGCACUCACUACCCGUUUCACGGCAUUCUGGUUUGAGGCAGUCUGGUUUGAAGUCCACACUCCUGAGGGUUUUCAGCUGCAUGCCUCUGCAGAGCAGAGGGCUAAGAGAUUAACAGCAGGACUUGUACCUCUUACAUGUUGUUUAAUCGUGGACUGAAGUGUGCAAGACCGUAAAGUUUGCAUGAUCUGAGCUCCACGUAAUGGACCUGCACAAAGGGCUUCAGUGAGAGUUUGCGUCUUGUGAAGAGUGAAGGCCUGAAAGUCUUCCGUGCGACUUUGUGUGAACUUGACUGUGAUUUGGAAGGCACUGAAUCUGCCUCCAUUUAAAGUUGUGACUGUGAACCUUUUUGUUGUUUUAUAUCAGAAACAACAAAUGCACUAGUGAAAAAAAAAUCAGAAAAUCAGCACUGUUUGUCUGAACAACGAACAUGAUUUAAUAAUAUGGUUUAUUUUAUAAUGAAAAAUAUUAUUUAUGUAUGUAGUGUUUAAACUUUUUUGUCACUUUGCCUGUUUGCCUGUUUGUUCAUUUUUAAGAAAACCUUGUCAUAUUUGUUAAUUUUUUUCUAUUAUAAGAAUCACAAAAAUGAAGGGUUUUAACUCAAUACAGUGAAAUGCAAACUGUCUACUAUGUAUGUAAAUAGCCGUCUGUGAUACAAACAUGUUAAUGAACAUCAUCUGUGAAUAAAGUGUUUGGAACUGAAGGACCACAUGUUCAGUUUUCAGAUAU